UUUCCUAACCUUAACAGUUGUCAAUUUUAACGCUUAAUAUCUCGGUUCGGAGGGCAGAGCGACACUUUUCAUUGCCAGAUUCGUUCGUUUCGUGUAAAAACGCGUCGAAUGAGUGUAUUUUUUAUCAAAAUUUGAACUGAGCGGCGGGUAUUCUAUAUACCUUUACCGGUCUUAUGAAAGACUAAACCCAAACUUUGUCACACGAGGAAAAUGUCUAACGAUCAGAAAUCGAUGAAGGGCACUACUCUCUUCAGCAGAGAGGAGUAUGACGACCAUCAGAAAUCCCUCUCAACGAAAAAGGAGUGGCCUGGUAUCAAUGUCAGAACUGAUUCACGAACAACAUUGAAUAUACCGAUGCUCAUCAUGGAGCUAUACCGAUUAGUACCGUAUAAGGAAGGCUGCUAUGUGAAUUUUCAUCCAUUUAAUAUGCCUUAUAUUAAAAUACGUAAAAUUGAAUUAGUUGGAACUGUCACGCAUGUUAAGCAAAAUGUCAAUAAUCUGUUUCUGACAAUUGAGGAUGGAACAGGAGUGGCGCAAGUUAAUUAUAAAUUGGAACAAUAUAUGUAUUCGUUGAAACAACGGCAACAAAUUGAUGAGAAAUAUGAGAAUCAAGCUGGAAAUUUAAGGACAAGUGAGACAAAAGCGGGUACAAGCUGUCCAAAGAAGUUUCCUGAGACACGUCCACAAUUCUGCUAUCCACAUGAUGUGUCUUUACAUGAUACAGCUGUCCUGGAGAACGAGUGGUGGUCAGAAACAAAUGGUGGUUUGUUGGGUAAAGAAAUUCAACCGUUUGAUUAUGUUUAUAUCACUGGAUACCCAUGUCUUGACACAAACUUUCAAAAGAUACCAGAACAGAUUACUGCAGAGUUUAUCGAGAAUGCAAAACUGAUUGUGUUCGCAAUGUCUGUCACAUGCAUCUCUGAGGAGAUGUACAAUAAAAAGUUGUUGAUGUGGUUGAACACCACUAUUUGCCAAAGAUACACAGAGAAUAAAGGCUGUGCAUAUACUAAAAAAAAUAAAUAGUGAAGUUAUAAAAAUUGUAUUG